UCAUACAAUAAACAACUUCAGCCACCAUGAAGCUUCAUGCGGUACAUAGGGUGUUACUAUGGGCGAUCCUGGUCGCUUGUCUUCCACAAGGAUUAUGCAGCAAAUCUCAGGACAUGGACGGUGCCAAAGAAAGGCGUAUGCAUCCUAAAUUGAAACAUAUGGAACCGUCUAAAAGAACUUCUCAGAGGCCGGGAGAGGAUACCCAAGAAUUUUGGCAGAAUGAAAGCAAGGAUUUUAUACGUCAGCAACAAAGGCAUCAACGGAAUAUCAAAGUUGCCAAAAAUAUAAUUUUAUUUUUGGGUGAUGGCAUGGGCUUAGCCACCCAGGUUGCUGCUCGAAGUUACAUACAAGCUGAGCACACAAAACUCUCCUUUGAAGAUUUCCCCUAUACAGGACUCUCCAAAACCUAUUGCGUUGAUGAUAUAGUCCCGGAUUCAGCCACCACGGCUACAGCCUAUUUGUGUGGUGUUAAGGCCAAUACGGAGACAAUUGGUGUGAAUGCCCAAAUUGGCGUGCGUGAUUGCGAAGCCAUGAAGAAUACCGACAAUCAUGUGUUCUCCAUAGCCAAAUGGGCCAUGGAUGCAGGCAAAUCUGCUGGUCUGGUAACAACCACCCGAGUGACUCAUGCCUCGCCAGCUGGGGUUUAUGCUCACACUGCUUUUCGUGAAUGGGAAACCAAUGCUGAUAUUGAAGGAUGGUGUGGCAAAGAUCAUGGUUUGGAUGACAUAGCUCUACAGCUGAUACAUGGCGAAGUGGGCUCCCGUCUUAAACUAAUGAUGGGCGGUGGAAAAAGUACCUUCAUGGACAGCAAAAUAUACAGCGAAGGUUGGCGCUCUGAUGGCCGCAAUUUGAUAGAUGAAUACAUAAAAAAAUCUGCUGGGAAUGCCUAUGUGGAGACUUUGGAAGAACUAGAGAAACUGGAUUUAACGAAGGCAGAAAGGCUGAUGGGCAUAUUCCAUGACAGCAAUAUGGACUAUUAUUUGGAUACCUUAGCUCUGGAAAAGAAUACCCAGCCGACUUUGGAACAAAUGACCAGAAAGGCCAUAGAAUUUAUGCAGCAACAAAAAGAUGACAAGGGCUAUUUUCUGUUCAUAGAGGGAGGCGAAAUUGAUUUGGCCCAUCAUGAUACCAAGGCUCGUUUGGCCCUGGAGGAAACCAAGCAGUUUUCACAGGCCAUAGCCUUGGCGCGUGCUAUGACCAGUGAGGAGGAUACCCUAAUAGUAGUUACCGCUGAUCAUUCGCAUACUUUCAGUGUGGCUGGCUAUCAAGAUAGAGGUUCGGAUAUUUUCAGUCUAGUUGACUCCGACAUAGAUGAUAUGCCCUAUUCCCCCCUAAGUUAUGCCAAUGGUAAUAGCACUUAUUUGUAUUACAAUGAGGAGAAACGUCAAAGGGUUGAUCCUUCCUUGAUUUUGAAAAAUGAAGCCAAUGAUCUGUUUCCCGCCACAGUUCCCAUUGAAUAUGAAACCCAUGGCGGCGAGGAUGUGGGAGUUUUUGCCUCCGGCCCCUGGGCCCAUCUUUUCACAGGGGUCUAUGAACAAAAUGCCAUACCUCAUAUGAUGGCCUAUGCUGCUUGCAUUGGGGAUGGUCUGAAAGCUUGCGAUACCUUAUCUGGUGCAAAUGUCUGA